CCAAGCGUAUAUAUAUAUACGGGGACACAAGCAAACUUGGCGUCCAAGCAUCCUUUUCUAUAUGUAGAACCCACUUUUGAGUCCCACCUUUCUUUUAUCGGUUAUACCCUUUGCCCCUCUCACUCUCUCUCUUUCUAUGAACAAGUUGGCCAGUGCAAACAGUUUACACAACCAAACCUAGCUAGUUCAAUCAUACAUAGAUAGAGAAUACAUGUAGAGGAAGGAAUACUAGUAGAAUUGAUUACUCCUACACCAAAAACAAGAGGAAGGUGAUAUUGUAGGGAGGUGUAAAAGAAAUAAAGGAUCUGGUUAGGGAUAUGUGGGCAUAGGAGAAAGAGAUGACAUGGUGCAAUGAGUCAGAUGAAGAGAGGGGAAUUGGAGUGGUCACACCCACUAUUACUCCAACAACAACUAAUAACACUCUUGUUAGUGUUACUGACCCAAAACCAACCGAAAUUCGAACCAUAAAUUGUCCCUCGUGUGGCCAUAACAUUGAAUUCCAAGAUCAGAGUGGAAUCAAUGAGUUGCCGGGGUUACCAUCUGGGGUGAAGUUCGAUCCGAAUGAUCAGGAGAUAUUAGAGCAUUUGGAAGCAAAGGUACUGUCUGAUAUGCCAAAGCUUCAUCCCCUUAUUGAUGAGUUCAUACCAACGCUUGAGGGCGAGAACGGGAUUUGUUAUACGCACCCAGAAAAGCUUCCAGGUGUAGGCAAAGAUGGACAGAUUCGCCACUUCUUUCACAGGCCAUCUAAAGCAUACACAACCGGAACAAGGAAAAGAAGAAAGGUUCACACUGAUGAAGAAGGAAGCGAGACAAGAUGGCACAAAACAGGAAAAACUAGACCAGUUUUCGUUGGUGGUGCUGUGAAGGGUUUCAAAAAGAUACUGGUUCUCUACACCAACUAUGGGAGGCAAAAGAAGCCCGAGAAGACCAACUGGGUGAUGCAUCAAUACCACCUUGGAAGCAACGAAGAAGAGAAAGAUGGGGAAUUAGUGGUUUCAAAGGUGUUCUACCAAACACAACCUCGACAAUGUGGUAAUAGUUCCAUCACAAAGCAGGAUCCUUAUGAUGAAGAAAGAUUGACUAACCCAAGUGUCGUCCAUGAUCAAGACAAUAUAAUAAUACCUAAAAAUAAUGCAGCUCUUAUGGACUACUACAAUAAUCCUUUCUUAAAUUAUGAGCAUGUGGGUGGUCGUAACAAUAAUAUGGAAACUUCACCUCAACUUAUUCCAAAUUUGGUUGUGCAAGGUGAUACCUCUUCUUUCAUUCGAUUAGCAAUGGAUGCAACCAAAGCCAGGUUGGACAGAAAAUAGCUCCAUCAAAAUUAAACUUUGUUGGUAGAACAUAUAUAUAUAGUGACAAUGACCAUAUGUUCAUGUUGAUGUUUUUUUUUAUUACUAUAUAUAUAUAUAUAAUAUAAUAUACCAUGUAUUUAUUCUAUAUAUGUGGGAUAAGGUGGAAGCUAAAGAUAAGACUGGCUUCCAUAUAAAUAUAUACGGUUGAAUUUGAGAGGUGAUACGGCGUCGUUCCAGUACUGUGGUUUUAUCUUAAGUUUAAUGUACAGGUAAACUUGUAAAAUCGUUCACAUGUGAUGUGAUCCUGUGUCAAACAAACUAUACUGUUUUCAUAGUUUUAAUUUUGUAGAAACUUCUUUUAUUCCCUUACCUUUUUUUUUUUU